AAGCUUUAAAUAUGACUACCUCGUUUGUUUGAAAAUAUGUUUAGGAGAGGAAGCUGUAUGAUUUGAUAACUUGUAUUAAAAUACCAAUUACAUUUAUAGGACCUUUUAAAACUCGGCGCAAUUAAACCGUGUUCUUUUACAUUUUUCCGAAGCGACCCUGACAUUUAGAAAGACUCCAAUUGCCUCGUUAAAAUCGCGAAAUUAACAGCGUGCCUACGCCAGGCUCAGCGUUGUGGAUAUGUGUGCGCGCAUGGUGUUUUUCCGUGACUCCCCCACAUCAGUCUUUGGGGGUGGUCUGCGAAGGUAUUUGAUUUGUUGUGAGGCAAGAGAUAUCUCAUUAAUGUAGGUAGUUAAACAGAUUUAAUCCGUAUUCGUUCUCUCUCUCCCCCCCUCCCUCUCCCCCCUCUCCCCCUCUCUCUCCCUGGGUGUUUUUUUUUUCCUUUCCCCUCCUUUUUUUCUGCCCUCUCCUCACUCCCUGGCGCUCUCUCGCUCUAGCUCUCUCUCGCGCUCGCUCUCUCUCGCUCUCUCUCGCUCUCACCCUCGCUCUGCGUUCUGUCCGGGAGGAGUACCCAGAAGCCAAUAGGAUGCGGGGUCUCUAAUGGAUGCAAAUGAUGGUGAAAAGACGGGGCAAAAUAUGAAACAACUCAUUUGGAGGGAAGUAAAUCACCGAAAACUGUUUAUGAACUGGCAUCCCUUCUUCGAAAUGUAAAGCGAGGACCUCUUUAAGUGGCGGUAUAUUUUUGUUUGGGGGGUGGGGGGUGGGGGGAGGGUGAGCGAGCCGCGGCUGCCAUGCAGUCUUAGACUUUUGCAGGCUUCGCUCUUCUAUUCCUGGAAAUCACAAAAAGUGUGGCGGCUUCGAGAUCUUCUUCGUCCUUUCUUUCUUUUCCUUCCUUCCUUCUUUCUUUUUUCCCUCCUCCCUUUUCCUCUCCUUUCCUGGCGAGGGAGACUAGGAGCCGGCGAAUCCGCGUUUUUUUUCUCUCUCUCUCCCUCCCUUUUCCCCCUCCCCACCCCCUCCCCAACAGCCCCCAACUACAGCCUGCGCCGCCGCCGCCGCCGCCUCAAAAUUCAAUAAAAUGAGCUCUUAUUUCGUCAACUCACUGUUCUCCAAAUACAAAACCGGGGAGUCCCUGCGCCCCAAUUACUAUGACUGCGGCUUCGCCCAGGACCUGGGCGGCCGACCCACCGUGGUGUACGGUCCCAGCAGCGGCGGCAGCUUCCAGCACCCUUCGCAAAUCCAGGAGUUCUACCACGGGCCAUCGUCGCUGUCCACGGCUCCCUACCAGCAGAACCCGUGCGCCGUGGCGUGCCACGGGGACCCCGGCAACUUCUACGGCUACGACCCUCUGCAGCGCCAGAGCCUGUUCGGUGCGCAGGAUCCAGACCUGGUGCAGUACGCAGACUGCAAGCUCGCGGCAGCCAGCGGCCUGGGCGAGGAGGCCGAGGGGUCUGAGCAGAGCCCGUCGCCCACACAGCUCUUCCCCUGGAUGCGCCCUCAAGCAGCCGCCGGACGCAGGCGAGGCCGCCAGACCUACAGCCGCUACCAGACCCUGGAGCUGGAGAAAGAGUUCCUAUUUAAUCCCUAUCUGACUCGCAAGCGGAGGAUCGAGGUAUCGCACGCGCUGGGACUGACAGAGAGACAGGUCAAAAUCUGGUUCCAGAAUCGGAGAAUGAAGUGGAAAAAGGAGAACAACAAAGACAAGUUUCCCAGCAGUAAAUGCGAGCAGGAGGAGCUGGAGAAAGAGAAGCUGGAGCGGGCGCCAGAGACCGCUGAGCAGGGCGAUGCGCAGAAGGGUGACAAGAAGUAGGCUCCAGCUGGGACUGCUCGGGUGCCCGGACUAGCCCGCACGUCCGCCGGUCCCUCCCGCGACUACGCCGCCGCCGCCCGCCCCCCGCCUCCGAGAGCUCUGGCCCCGCGAGCGGAGCCAGGAGCUGGGCCUCCCACCGCAGCGUUCCCCGCCGCGCCAGUCCCCGCUAGUGGUAGUAUCUCGUAAUAGCUUCUGUGUGUGAGCUACCGUGGAUCUCCUUCCCUUCUCUUGGGGGGUCCGAGGGGGAAAAAAAAAGAAAAGGAUUUUAAGCAAGGACUCCCUCGUCCUGCGAGGGUGAUCGACUGCGGCCUGGCAGAAUCCCCUCGCCCCCGCCCCAUGUAAAAAAAAAAGCCUCCUUGUGCAAUGGUCUUUUUCCUUUGAACGUGCGUCUUUGUAAUGACCGAGGUACCGAUUUCUGCUAAGUUUUCCCAACAACAUGAAACUGCCUAUUCACGCCGUAAUUCUUUCUGUCUCCCUCUCACUUUCUCUCUUUUUCUCUCUCUUUCUCUUACUGCUUCCUCAUCUUUCCUCGCAACCCCCUCUCCCCCCGCUGCCCUCCCUAGCUGGCUUUCACUCUUGCUUCUCUCUUUUCCUACUGUCCCCCCCCACCCCACCCCCUUUGGUUUGACAAUUUUGUCUUAAGUGUUUCUCAAAAGAGAUUACUUUAGUUAGCAUGCGCGCUGUGAGCAAUUGUUAAAAGUGUUCUUAGGUUUACUGUGAAGAGAAUGUAUCCUGUAUCUGUGAAUUGCUUUAUGGGGGGGGAGGGAGGGCUAAUUAUAUAUUUUGUUGUUCCUCUAUACUUUGUUCUGUUGUCUGCGCCUGAAAAGGGCGGAAGAGUUACAAUAAAGUUUACAAGCGAGAACCCGA